GCGGUUCUGGCUUCUGGGACCCUGCACAAGCCUCGAGCCCCAUCCGACUCUUCUCGUACUUCAACAAUGCUUUUUUUCUCUUCGCUCGUUGUCCUCGUGGCACUGCCGACCUCCCUUGCGAGCUCAGUUAUCAACCUCCCCAUCGUCAACAAGGUCAUCGCGCCUGAUGGUUUCACUCGCUCCACCGUUUUGGCGGGUGGGACGUUCCCCGGCCCUCUCCUCUCCGCGCAGAAAGGCGACAGAUUCACCAUCAACGUCCAGGACAAGCUCACGGACACGACGAUGCUCACUCCCACGAGCAUCCACUGGCACGGGCUGUUUCAGAAAAACACCAGCUGGGCCGAUGGGCCAUCUUCCGUCACCCGUGGGUUCGGUUCGCAAUCACGUUUCGGACGCAUGCUGAGUCCGAGAAUAGAGUGCCCCAUCACACCGGGCCACAGUUUCGUGUAUGACUUUGCGACCGCAGGCCAGUCCGGGACCUACUGGUACCACAGUCACCUGUCCACGCAGUACUGCGACGGGCUUCGUGGCCCGCUAGUCAUCUAUGAUCCGCACGACCCCCUGCGGUACCUGUAUGACGUUGAUGAUGAGUCGACGGUAAUCACUCUCGCUGACUGGUAUCACUUUGUCGCCCCAGCGGCCCCGCGUAUUCCGUCGGCCAACUCGACUUUAAUUAAUGGCCUGGGGAGAUAUCAGGGUGGACCGGCCGAUGCUCCUCUUUCUGUAAUCACAGUGGAAGAGGGUAAACGCUACCGAUUCCGCCUCGUUUCCAUCAGCUGCGACCCGAACUACGUAUUCAGUAUCGACGGACAUUCUCUGACCGUCAUCGAAGCUGAUGGCGUAAGCACCAAACCUGUGACGGUCGACUCUCUCCAGAUUUUCGCCGCCCAGCGGUAUUCAUUCGUUCUCAAGGCCAACCAGCCCAUCGGAAAUUACUGGAUCAGGGCGAACCCAAACGUUGGGAUCCCAGGUUUCACCGGAGGAAUCAAUUCGGCCAUCCUGCGGUACAAGAAGGCGCGGAAAGUCGAGCCCACGACCAACUCGACCGCAAGCAACCUGCUCCUCGAAACCGAUCUGCACCCGCUCUACCGGACCCCUGUUGCCGGGCGCCCCUUUGUCGGGGGCGUCGACAAAGCUUUGAACCUGAAGAUCUCGAUCAACGGGACGACGGGCAAGUUCCAGAUCAACGGCGCGCCGUUCAUCCCGCCCACGGUCCCGGUGCUGCUCCAGAUCCUCAGCGGCGCGCAGACGGCACAAGACCUGCUCCCGCCCGGAAGCGUGUACCCGCUCCCGCCGAACGCGGUGGUCGAGGUGAGCAUUCCUGGCGGCACGCCCGGCGCACCGCAUCCGUUCCACCUGCACGGGCACAACUUCUGGGUCGUGCGCAGCGCCGGCAACACCAGCUACAACUUCGACGACCCGGUUCUGCGCGACGUCGUCUCGACCGGGCCCUCGACUUCGGAUAACGUGACGAUCCGGUUCAUCACGAACAACGCCGGCCCGUGGUUCCUGCACUGCCAUAUCGACUGGCAUCUGGAGGCCGGACUGGCGAUUGUGUUUGCGGAAGACACGAAGACGAUCGUCCACGAGAACUCGCUGCACGAGUUCCCCAAGGCGUGGGCGAAUCUCUGCCCGGCCUACGACAGCUUCUUGAACUCGAGCUCUACUUGAACAACACUCUUUCUAAAUAUUUGUUAUCUGUAAUCUUAUUGGCGGAGUGCCGACGAGGAGGAGUACUAUAACCACACGCCUCACACUAAUCUCGGACCAGACCUUGUACUUAACUGUCAUUUAUUUGGUGUUCUCCGUGUUACAGAAAUGAAACAAAUACGUUCUUUGUGUCCGUGCUGCCCCAUCCGGCAGCGGAAUUCGAC